GAGAUCGCUCGCGUGGCGUUAUUUUAUUUCAUAGUUCUAAUUUAAAUAUUUUUAAUGCAGGGUUUAUUGCGUAAAACCGGUUCGACAAGUAAAAAUUAGAUAUUUUACAUUCUUUUAAAUUCGCUGCAUAAUUUCUUGAAGUGUCGACCUAAAUUAGACUGUUUUGGUUGAAUGUGUAAAUGUGUUUUGGCUUUAUUAUUAUUAUUAAACUAAACCGAGAUUAAAUAAUGCUCCGGAACAACGUUACAAUAGAAACGUGUGCUCUGUCAAACUGCGUCGAGUUCAUUAAAGAUCAGCUGUAUUUUGCUCUUCUUCAUCAGAAGGUGAAGAGCACUCCUGACAGACACUGUUUCUGCAUCGAUGAAGAGCUUUCCUAUGAGAACUUCUAUGCAGACUUUGGCCCGCUCAACCUGGCCAUGUUUUAUCGCUUCUGUUGCAAACUCAACAAGAAGCUGAAGUCUUGUGCGCUUGCAAAGAAGACAAUUGUGUUUUAUACCUGUGGUGACCGAAAGAAACAAGCCAAUGCUGCGUAUUUGAUCGGCUCUUAUGCUGUAAUGCAUCUACAGAAAACCCCAGAAGAAGCGUACAGCCUUCUGGUCUCUCAAAAUGGAUCUUAUCUUCCUUUUCGAGAUGCAUCUUUUGGAGCUUGCAUGUACAAUCUGAAUAUCCUUGACUGUCUACGGGCCGUUCACAAGGCUCUCCAGUUCGGCUGGCUGGAUUUCUCAAAGUUUACUGUGGAGGAAUACGAACAUUAUGAGCGGGCAGAAAAUGGAGAUUUCAACUGGAUAAUUCCAGGAAAGUUUUUGGCUUUCAGCGGCCCUCAUCCAAAUAGCAAAAUUGAGAAUGGAUACCCUCUUCAUGCCCCUGAAGCGUAUUUCCCCUACUUCAGGAAGCACAACAUCACCACCAUCAUCCGGCUCAACAAGAAAAUGUACGACGCCAAGCGUUUCACAGACAUGGGCUUCAAGCACCACGACCUGUUCUUUGUAGACGGCAGUGCGCCCAACGACGCCAUCGUCACCAAGUUCCUGAACAUCUGCGAGAAUGCUGAUGGAGCCAUUGCGGUCCACUGUAAAGCCGGUCUGGGCCGAACAGGGACACUGAUUGGCUGUUAUAUGAUGAAACACUUCAGACUGACGGCAGCUGAAGCCAUCGCGUGGAUCAGGAUCUGCAGGCCCGGUUCGAUCAUCGGACCUCAGCAGAACUUCAUCGACGAAAAGCAGGCGAGUCUGUGGACAGAGGGUGAUUUGUACCGGCAAAAAAUAAAUGAGCAGGAAAACGGCUCGAGUAAAACACUAGUGGCUGGAAUCCUAUCAGGAGUGGAAGAUAUUUCCAUUAAUUGUACAAACAAGAACAUUUCACAGAGGAAAACAGCCUGUGAGAUGCACACUGAGGAGGAGGAAGAGGAGUGCGGAAGACUCACGCAAGGCGACAAACUGAGAGCUCUGAAGAGUAAGAGGCAGUCCAGAGCGUCCACGGGUUCGAUAUCGUUAGAAGAAAAUACUAUUCAGACCAAAUCAACAUCAAAGUCAUUAAGCUCCGAUAAAAGGAAAAGAACCCGGGCUUCACUUGGAUCCAGCAGGACCAGUAGCCCUUUACAUUCAAGGCUCGCUAAAUCUUUAGGCAGCUUGCACGUAACGGCCUGUGAAAAGGAUCACGUGUUUUCUGAUGUUAGCGCUGGCUCAGUGGCCAACAGUAAUUUCAUCAAGCAGUCGAACUUAAAGCACUUAAGCCCAGUGAACAGUCAGCCGCACGCGGCCCAGAGAUCCUCUGCUGUUUCACUGCAGCUCUAUGGCCACAGUCUGAGUUCCCUCGGCUCAUAACUCCAUCUCCAAAGCUCGAGCUCCUCUCCUGCGCUGAAAAGACCAACAUCCCUGCACUGAUAUCACUCGAGUCUUACUUUAAGUGAUCUACUAUUAACCAUAUUCAAACUGUGUUUAUUGAGAAAUCGGCAGAUGAUGUUAAGCAUUGUUAUUUGAUCGAGAGUUUAUUUUAAAUCCGAGCUUUAAGCAUCUGUGAAGUUUGACUUUUUAUGCCAUUGUAAAUGUCAGAAUCAUGUCAGAAGCUGCCUUUGCCAUUAUGCAUUAUGCUACUAGACCUGUAAUAUUGUUUUUGGUUUUUUAAAUACUGUAGCUAGUACUUUAUUAAUAAUACUACACGCGAAUGUGAAUCAUACUGUGCUAAUCGUGACUGAACGCUGUAUAUAGGCUGGAGUUUGAUUAGACUAAAAGCACUGUUUUUUUUUUACUGUAAAUAAUGCAAAUUUAAAUCAUGAUUAUUUCACACAUAAUAGGAAAUUAUUUGAGUCAUAUCUCUUUUAAUAAAUCCUUUCUGCUAUUGCAAA